ACUGACUCCACCAAGUCAGCUCCAGUCGCUGUAUCUACUCCACCACUUUACCAAGCAGAGGGAAAGGAAUCAAGAGGGAAUAAAUAAGGCUGAAGCAUGAACAAGACAGAAUUCAUCACUGUUGUGGGAUUUGCCCUAUCAUUGCUGUUCCACGUGACCCAAACUGAAGUCUGUCCUCCCUCCUGCAACUGUAAGUCACUGGGAGAAAUGAAGGGUUUGCAAGUAGACUGCAGCUCGAGGCAGCUGACGGAAGUGCCAGCCUUGCCCCUUGACACCAAGAGGCUUUAUCUACACAACAACAGCCUGACCUCGGUUCCUCCCGGUGCCCUGGACAGCUUGCGCAGCCUGAAGGAAGUGAAAAUAUUUGACAAUCCCUGGAACUGUGACUGUCAUAUUCUGUAUCUAAAACUCUGGUUAGAAGACAUCUCUGCACCUUCUCUUGGGAACAUCAGAUGCGCAAGCCCAGCUUCUGUGAGGAUGAAGACCUUGAGGCAGCUGACUGGGAACGAGCUGGGGAUUUGUAAGAGGCUUCUCCCAAUCAAGUGUCUUGAGUUCUUUUGGCGAGACCUCAUUUUAAUUGCUGGAGCAAUAAUUACACUUAUUUUAGUAGCAUGGGCUCUGAAAUUCUCAAAAAAGCUGGUCUGCCAAAUAAACCUAAGCCUAUAUGACUCUAGGGGCCGACUGUUGUGGAGGCAUACCUCCAAAAACCACAAGAAACUAUGAGCUGUUCACUACCACUAGCUUGAACAGAAACAUCAAAUUAUUCUACCACAAAAACACACACGCACUGGCAACGCUACUUUUAACGGUGAACAUGCUACAAACAGAUCCCAGGGUUCAAAAUCUGGGUCCUCAGAUGGGCAAGUUUGAUUUAAUUUCCUUUCAGAAAUAAACUUGGUGAUGUAUUGAUGGGCAAGUUUCAUUCUACUACCAUCUACUCAUAUGAAAAGCAUAAUAUCCCUAGCAAAGCUGGGAUAACAAAGUGCAGCAUGGGGCUUUAGAUUGAGAAAAGGAAAGGAACAGAGUCAGAUGUUUUCCCUAUGCUGUAAAAUAAUGAUCUGGGAGACAACAUGCCCAUUGCAAUGUUAAAGUCUGCAGAUGAUACACAGUGGGGAAUAAAAAGAGGGAAGUUACAAAUUCAAAGAGCCGUAGGUUACUUGGAGUGCCAAGAAAUCGAAAGCAAGAUCGUACAUCUAGAGACAAAAAAUGGGUUGAGGACUCAAUUCAGAGAAGGCAAAUGAUCUAGUAAGAAUGAUCUCCCAUGCAUGACAUUGCAGCAAAGGGCUAACGUGAUCUUUUCUUUUUAAAAUAGGGAACAGCAUUUAGGGAUAGAAAGAUUUAUUUACUUCCCUGUUUAGAUAAACUACAAUAAUCUAGUAUCAAUGUCUACAAAUGAGGAAGAAUUAGCUGCAGAAGAAUCAGAAAAACAACUGUAGUGCAAAUAAAGGAUUGGAAAAUAUAUCUUAGAAGGAGCUUGACCAAUUUCAUUUAAUAAAGAGGAAUUCAAGGAAUGACAAGAUCAUAGCUUGUAUGAAUCUACAUAAAGAUAAAUUUGUUAACAAAGGGCUGGGAGUAGAAAUUAGAACAUCAGACUAGGAACAGGGCUCAAAAUCUAAUGGUGAAAAUAAUUAAACACAGAAACAGCUUGUCAAAUGUCAUGCUGAAUUCUAUAGCUUAACCAACAUUGGGCAUUUUUUCAAAUUGGUAGGCACUACCUGAAAUGAGAACUAUUUUAACAGAAUUGUAUGUGAUGCCCAAAACAUUACAGCUAUUCUUAUUGUUUUGGUCACCUGCAAAAUUUAUGGUGGAACAGGCCGUGAAAAGAGAGACCACAAGGGCAGUACGUCACAGGGACAUCCUUAGAGAGCACUGGCAACGGCACUUAGGAGCUCAGUUGGUGCCGGCUGAGCCGCCCUCCUACACCCCACAGCAGCAGGAAUAUUCCACUCUACCUUCUUCUAUUGCAUACCACACUCUUCACCACGAGGAACUCAAAAUGCAGCACAGAAUUUGCUUUUUACAGUGUGGCAUCCCUGCCACAGGAGAUGAACCAUAAAACCCAGAAAUAGCAGGGCUCAGUAAGGCUGCAUUACGCUCCCAUGCAGACCUGAGUAAAAUUACGGCUUCAGAUUUAUGCAUACAUUUCGAUCAGGUCAGCCCAAACACACAGAAUUUCUCUGGCUUCAUUAAAUAUUAUUCUACAUAAAUAACCUCUGCAGGAGAGAAUUUCAGAGAAACACAUAAGAACAUAGUGGUGUACGCACUUAGAUAAUUUUAGAGUAUUUUCACUGCGCUGAGCUUGUCAAUUUUUCAAAAGGCAACCACCAUUUUGUAUUAAUGCAGAAUAGUACAGAAGAAAUGCACUCUGUGAUCUCUCAUGGAGAGUUUCCUAAAUGAUAUUUCUU